AUUAAAUAAUAUAUGGCAACGAAUGUAUGUGUACAAAAUGUGAGUUCUAAAUGCUCUAAGUUGUGUUUCACACGGACUUGUUUUGAAACCGUACCGAAAAGCCCGGGUAGCAUGGAGCAUGGGAGACAGAGAGGUCAGUCUUUCAGCAGGGAGGUCUUCAUGUUUGGCUCUUGGUCUUUUGCAGGUUUAAUGUGCUAAUCGGAUAGCCAAUGUGGAGAAGCUUGCUGCAGAAGAGCACCGCCUGUCUCAGGCAGGUGGCAAGCACCAGGUCUCCUUAUCAGAGACAUUUUUCAUCCUUUUAUUUGAGAUUUCCUCUUCAAAGUUUCUGCAACAGACAUGCAGAUUCUCCAUAUAUACUAAAAGCAAGAGGAGUAGACUUUUUCCUGACUUACAAUGGACUUAAAACUUAUAAAAAAGACACAAACUCUAUUGUAGAGUUCCCAAAAAGUCCCAUCACGGUCACAGAAAUCAAGCAGUAUCUUCGCUCCAAAGACAUUCCCUUCCACGAUGGCUACAGCUGCCUGCACAUCCCAAGUGUCUUCAUCGAUCCAUCCUCACGGAGCAACAGCUUUUCUCUGUUUAUUGACAAAACAACAGGACAAUUUCUCUGUAAAGACACGCUGGCGGAAGGAAGCUGGGAGGACCUCCAGGACUGUCUGGAGGUGAUGCAGAAGGAAGGAAGGAACUCCAUCAGCCCUAGUGUUCUGCUGAUGGAUGCAGAGAGUGUGGAGGAGGAGGACAAGAGGAGUGAAUUAAGGGAGGUCCAGGGGAUUUGGACAAGCUCUGUGUUUUUUGCAGAUCUUCCAGAUGAUGAAGCUCAACUCAUAAAAACUAUGUUCCAGAUUACAAAGAUCUCCGAUGCAACCCUCAAGAAGUUUGGUGUAAAGCUCUUCAAGCCAACCAAGAGUUUGGUUUUCCCCUGGUUUGGUGGACCUGACUCCUCCUUAAAGGGCAUCAAGCUCCUUUCAGCCCAGAGGACGGACAAUGACAAAGUCACCUAUAAUGAAGCUACAUUCCCAAAGUUUAGCUCUUAUUACAGCUUGUUUGGCCUCUCUCUCAUAAGCCGUAAGGAUUCAGAAGUGGUGCUGACCGGUCAUGAGUUGGACUGUCUGGCCGUGAGCCAGGCCACGGGUCUCCCAAGUGUCGCUCUUCCUCGUGGAGUCAGCUGCCUUCCCCCCAUCCUGCUCCCCUACCUGGAGCAGUUCAAGCGGGUGACGCUGUGGCUGGGAGGAGACAUUCGGUCAUGGGAGGCGUCGAAGAUCUUUUCACGGAAACUGGCCAUGAAGCGGUGUUCGCUGGUUCGGCCCGGAGAGUUUCAGCCGCAGCCGCUGGAGGCUCUGAUCCAAGACAAGAACUUGGGCCGCAUCAUCAAAGGCUCCAUCCCAGCUUCUCACAAGUCCAUCGUGUCCUUCAAGCAGCUCAGAGAGGAUGUUUUCGGCGAGUUGGUGAAUACCGACCAGGUGGCAGGAGUUAAAUGGGCAAGAUUUCCAGAACUCAACAGAAUCUUAAAAGGUCAUCGAAAGGGAGAACUGACAGUUUUUACAGGUCCAACAGGAAGUGGGAAGACCACGUUCAUCAGCGAGCUGGCGUUGGACCUCUGCAUGCAGGGCGUGAACACAUUAUGGGGCAGCUUUGAGAUCAACAACGUUCGCCUGGCGAAGAUCAUGCUGACGCAGUUCGCCAUGCAGAGGCUGGAGGACGACCUGGAGAAGUACGACUUCUGGGCGGACAAGUUCGAAGAGCUGCCGCUUUACUUUAUGACUUUUCACGGACAGCAGAAUAUCAAGACAGUGCUGGACACUAUGCAACACGCUGUCUACCUCUACGAUAUAAACCACGUUAUCAUUGAUAACCUGCAGUUUAUGAUGGGGCAAGAAAACCUUUCAGUUGACAAGUUUGCAGUCCAGGACCACAUCAUUGGCGUGUUCCGGAAGUUUGCUACCAACAGCAGCUGUCACGUCACUCUCAUCAUUCAUCCCAGGAAGGAAGAGGACGACCGGGAACUGCAGACAGCCUCCAUCUUCGGUUCUGCUAAGGCGAGUCAAGAGGCCGACAAUGUCCUGAUUCUGCAGGAGAAGAAGCUGGUCACGUGUCCGGGCCGCAGAUCCUUGCAGGUCACCAAGAAUCGCUUUGAUGGAGACGUGGGGAUCUUCCCUCUGGACUUUAUCAAAGCCUCGCUCACUUUUUCAACUCCCAUCAGGGGCAAACUUAAGCUGAGGAAAGCAUCAGGCAAGUCAGAGAGUGGCGAGGAAGUCCAAGUAAAAGCUGCAGCGUCCAAGAAAGGAGAAGCCAAGGAAGGGAAAGCAGAGAAAGUGACUAAAACAGCUAAAACUCAACAAACAGUUAAGAAUCCUGCCAAUGAAAAGGAAACCAUCCAGAAAUAAGAAAAUUUAGAUUUUUCUCUAAUGGUCAAAAAAGGUUUAUUACAUUUCUACAUUUAGAGUUAUAACUUGCUUUGAUCUUUUGUGUCAUACUUUAACCAUGUAAAGACAUUUAAAGUAAGCUAUGUUUAAAUAUGUGAACAAAAAACCUACUAUGAGAUGGAAGAAGUGACUGAAUUUUCGAUACAGACAAGAAAACAUGCAUUUCAAGAGAACAUGUUAACAUCAGAAUGUGAUAUGAUGUGACAGAUAUGUUCAACUUACUGUUUAAACUCUUUUAGACGAAAGUAUUUUUGUAAAUAAAAUGUCAUAAAACUGUCAUGUUUGUGUCCUGCUGCACAGAUAAAAGAUACUGUAACAGGAAGAGCUGCUGUUUUUUUUCUUUUUUUUUAUAAAUUGUAACAGUAUUUUGUUGUUUUUUCAUAUAACUGCAAUGUAUUCUCUACUGAUUUUUUUAUGAAUGCAAUUCAGCAAAUUCCUAAU